AAUUCUGAAAGACCCGGUAGUCAGUGACUGUCAACAAAUUAAAAAAAAAACUUAUUGAUUUUUCAUUUGACAGCUCGGUGGAAAACACCGUCUAUUUUUUCUUACAAUUGAAUUGAAAUGAAUUAAUCGGACGCGCGUAAAGCUUGUCCCCGAAUUAAAUAAGUGCAGUGGUAAAGUGCUUAACUAAGGAUUAGAAAUGAGUGAAAUAAGGCAACGGCGGGGAGAUGGCGAUGGAAACCAGAAAAUAGAAGCUGCUGUCGAGUCGGAUCAUGUCGACUCUGAAGAGGAGAAAGUCCUAGAAGAGAAGUAUGUGGACGAGCUAGCGAAGUCCUUACCGCAAGGCACUGACAAAACUCCAGAAAUCCUUGACUCUGCGCUUUCUGGACUAUCUACGAGAUGGAGGAACUGGGUGAUUCGUGGAAUAUUUACAUGGUUGAUGAUCGGAGGUUUCUGUUUGCUGAUCUACGGUGGACCUCUCGCUCUCAUGAUUACGGUCCUCUGCGUUCAAGUGAAGUGUUUUGAAGAGAUCAUCAACAUUGGAUAUGCAGUCUACCGUGUCCAUGGUCUCCCAUGGUUCCGUUCCUUGUCUUGGUACUUCCUAUUGACUUCCAAUUAUUUCUUCUAUGGGGAAAACUUGAUUGACUACUUUGGUGUUGUCAUCAACAGAACGGACUACCUCAAGUUUCUGGUGACGUACCACCGUUUCAUAUCGUUCAGCUUGUACUGCGUCGGCUUCGUUUGGUUCGUGCUGUCUCUGGUCAAACGCUACUACAUGCGGCAGUUCAGCCUGUUCGCUUGGACCCACGUCGCUCUGCUGAUCGUCGUUACGCAGUCGUAUCUCAUCAUCCAGAACAUAUUUGAGGGUCUGAUCUGGUUCAUAGUGCCGGUGUCGAUGAUCAUCUGCAAUGACGUCAUGGCCUACGUAUUCGGCUUCUUCUUCGGCAAGACUCCGCUCAUCAAACUGAGCCCCAAGAAGACCUGGGAGGGUUUCAUUGGCGGCGGUAUAUCUACAGUCAUAUUCGGUCUCGGGCUUUCCUAUAUAAUGUCACAAUAUCCUUACCUUGUUUGUCCCAUCGAAUACUCCGAGAGUGUGGGCCGCAUGAUGGACUGCGAGCCCUCGCUGCUGUUCAGACUCCAGGAGUACACGCCGCCUCAAUUCCUGCAACCCGUUAUGAAAGUGAUCGGCAUGGACAAGUUCAACAUGUACCCCUUCAUGAUUCACUCGCUGUUCCUGAGCACCUUCAGUUCAGUGAUUGGACCGUUCGGUGGUUUCUUCGCUUCCGGAUUCAAGAGGGCCUUCAAGAUCAAGGACUUCGGAGAUGUGAUCCCUGGGCACGGCGGCAUCAUGGACCGCUUCGACUGCCAGUUCCUGAUGGCCACCUUCGUCAACGUCUACAUCACCAGCUUCAUCCGCACCGCUACUCCUCAGAAGCUGCUGCAGCAGGUGUACAACUUGAAGCCGGAACAGCAGCUUCAAAUGUUCUACGCCCUUAAGGAGUCCCUGGAACAUAGGAAUAUUCUGAACGCCAUACCCUAGACGGGAACGUAUGUACGAUCUUUGACGGCGAGGUAUAUAGUAUCACGUUGAUUAUAAUGUUCCAAACUUUGCGUUUAAAUGAAGUAUGUUGCCCUUAGUUCGUUUAAAUAUAAUAAUAAUUGCUUAUUCAAAUUAUCUUAAAAAUACGUUAAUAUUGUUGAUCAUUGGCCAUAGCCGUUGGGUCCUUAGACUAUUAUUAUUUAAUUAUAAAAAAAACCAUGACAUUUAUUUAGUGUUGAUAUACUAAAACUUAUUUACUCUGUAGCGCAGUUCGUUUAUGCAUUGCGACGUAGGUAGAGUUGUCGCUAUAUUUUUUUUUUUUAAUCUGGCAACAUUUUCCAUUGUAAUGUGUAUAUUCCGGAAACUUCCAAAGGUUGAAUAUAUACGGAGUACCUUGAAAAUAACAAACCGUUCUAGUCGAUAAACUGAUGAGUCUUGUGUUUUGAUUCCGAUACCUUUAUACCCCAAAAAAUACUCCUUAUCUCGUACCACAUACGUGCUACUCUUCUUUGACUCCAUUCCGAUAAUUGCCAAAGAAACGAAUCUAUGUUUUGCAUCGGUUCGCGAUUUCGGGUCGCCUUCCAGACGAAAUUCGACAACAUGUACUUUCAGUCGUGGAUGAUGACUCGUCUUAUCUCAAACACUGUAAUUCAAAUAUUAGAUAUAUAUUGAUAUAAAUUGUAAAUUAUUCUUUAGGUUUUUCUUGUAGUAGGGAUGUGGGUAGGCUUUGUACGAUAUCUAUAAAUUUAUUGUCUUAUAUACAUAUAUACUUAAUUAUAUAUAGAAGUAAUCUUAGUUCCUUUAAAUAAAUUAUCACCAAUUUUUUUUAAUAAAUAGGCUAUGUCUAAAGUACAAUAGACAGCCGGAUACCCAUUAAAUAAUAUAUAAACUAUAUAUAUAUAAUAUAUAAUAUAUCAAACUUGUUGCAAGGUAUUUAAUUAAUAUUAAAAGGAUCAUUUAAAAACAUGUUUGAUGAUAUAAUUUCAUAUUAUUUAAAAUUUAAAUACUAAGUGUAAAUAUUUUACAUUAUGUUCAAUACGAAUCAUAACGCUAUAUGUCUAACUUGUCGUACAUUUUGGCCCCAAAUGACGUCACACUUAAAUCGUUUCGUGACUAGGGUUUUGUGUAGUUAACGCGGCAAUAUAAAAGAAAUGGUUGCUGUCCGGUUGCCUAUUGUCUAUCGAUUUAGGUCUGUUAAUAACCUUCACAACCUUGAGGGGGUAGGAUAAUAAACAAUAAUGUUACCACCAUAUUAGUCUUAAAAACUUUUUUCUAUGCUUCAUAUAAUUAAAGUGUGUUCGUUGUUAUUUGGCCAACAGUACAUUCAGUAGUGUUGGCCAUUCGCCUGUUGGGCCAACGUCUAUGACUGCACUUGAGAACAAUCCCAUCAGACUAUAUUUUAUUUUUAAUUCAAUCGUAUUUUCAUUGUAAGGUCAACAUAAAACUAAUUUUCCUAUUAAAUUAAUGUAUUAUCAUACUCAUAUUGUAUUUAUCUACUUAGUAUUAUAAAUUUAUUGUACUCUAAUGUUUUUUUAAAUUAUAAUAAUUCGUUUUAAAACGAACGAUUGUCGCUCUUAUUUCAAUAUUUUUGGGACGAAAAUGUCUCAUUAGUGAUCACUCGAAUUAAAUGUCUAUUCGACAAUUAAAUUUAGUUUAUAAAUUAAUGUUUGAUUAAUCAUAAUUCUCGAAUUAUUUUCUUGGCUACGUAAAGGAUCGUUUAAGUUUAAAUCGAAAAUUCAUUAGUAUUAAUUUGUCUGAAUGUGGUUAGACUUGAUCGCGUUUAUUCUACUCUACACUCUUCUUUCAUUGAACAGGGAUUUUUGCAUUUUACGUUUCGUGUUUAAUAUUUAGAUUUUCUUUAUCUAUCGAGAAACGGUAGUAAUCUGUGCUAAAUUUUUUAUUGUUAUUUACUGUCUCAAUUCAACAUCGCUUUUUUGGACGAUUAAUAAAAAUGACAAAAGUAUUAUUAUAAGGGUAUAAUUUUGCUUGAAAACUAAAAAAAAAUGCAUUUUCUCUCCGUGCAGUUCGUUUAAAAAAAAAGAAAAAAACAUAUACAAAUUAUUUCUUGUCAGUUUUCGCCUUGUUUCGUGUAAGAUUCUAUUAAAAUUAGUGCUAAAUAUUCUUAAAACAAAUACUGAUAUUUAAAACAAAACCAUAAAAUGAGCUUUACGUUUUUCUAAAUAAUGUAAAUACACAAGACGAACCAAUGUUCACAUCUACAUAAAAAUAGCCUCAAUUACGUGACUCUAAUUUAUAUCAUAACAUUAUCUUAAAUAUAUAUUCUUUUAAAUACAUAUAUUAGAUUAGAUUGUCAUUUUAAAGAGAAGUAACUACAUUACGAAACUGCAUUUUGAAAUGUGCGCAAUAAAAAGCUACAGUAAAAAUGCACAACAAAAGGGCUAAUUUCUUUGUUUUCAUAUUCUCACAUUAUUCAUAUGCUAGUACUAAUUAUUUUGAUCUAGUUAACGAUAAAUAUAUACAGUUAAAUAAUUGAUCUCAGCGGUACAUGUUCAAGAAGAUAUUUAGCACUAAAUUUUAAUAUUAAAGUUUUAUAUAGGACAUUGUUAAGUUUGGUGAUAAUUUUUGUGAUUUUACGUUACGUUGUAUUUUCACGUUGUUUUUUAUUUAUGUUUUGCGUGUGACGUUACGUUCGCUAGAGUACCUACCAUGAUUCUGUGUAAAUAUAAUAGUAUUACAUUUUUUUUCUUUUUUAUUGUCUUAGUUGAAAUAAAAGGUUGUCUGUGGUUGUUUCGAUCCCGAUUUACACGUCCAACCAAUAGAUUGUUUAUUUUGAAAAAAAUAUUCAAAUAUAGAAAAAGAAAAGAUAGAUUUUUUAAACAGAGUGUAACGAUUUUUCCAUAAAUAUUUACUGUAAAUCGCUUUUAUUACUUCCUUUUAAUUGCGUACCAGAACGUAAUUUUAUUUGUAUUAAUCGUGUUACUUCUUUAAAUCUAUUUUAUGAAUUAUCUACGCUGAUGAAACAUAUGAAAUAGGUAAAUAAGGUAAUCUCUUCCGAAGCGAAUAAUAUAAAUAAACAGUAUCAUUGUAUGAUGUAUGUAAUUGAAAUGGAAUAUGUAGUUCGCGUCAUUGAUCUGGUGCAAUCUGUGGCCAAAAAGUUCCAUUAAAAGAUAUUGUUAAUCGAAAAUAUGAUUUUUUGCAAAUGCUCUUUUUAAUGGCGUCGUGCGAGGAGACCAGCGCUGCCAUCUAUUGUUCGUUUUUGGCAAGUUUACCUGUACACAUUGACUAUGAACCAAUGGUGGUUUUCGCAUUUCUUACAUUAAAUAUCAUAUCGAGACAAUUGUAAAUCGAAUACUCUUUCUAGUAUUAUAUAAAAUGGAAUAGGUCCAUGUUAUGUUUUUUUUUUUCUUGAAUUAAUUUUACGUAUGUAACGGUAGUUUCAUAAUGUUUAUUUUUUAUUUAAUAAACAAAAUAAAGCGUUUAUUUGCCAAGGGACAAAAUUAAAUAUGUAUAAUCCUAGAUUUAUUAUCUGUUAAAAUAUGUAAUAGAAGUAUAAUUAUCUCCAAAAUAAUAAGGAAAAUUUUAAAUUUUAUCCCCAUAACUCGGUUAUUUGGAUUUUGCUUAGUCAAUUGAAACACUGUAUGUCUUCGUAGAUAUUAGGACUACUCUGACUUAAUAUUGUAACUAUAUCAAAAAUCUCUAUAUAAUAAUAAUAUAUUCAAAUCUCCUUUUCUCUCGACCUAUUCAAAUAGUAUUCAUAUAAAUGUUUUAAUGUAUAAGUAGGUAGAUGCGUUAGUUAUGUGUCGUAAAUUCGUUUAAUGUGAUAGUUGAGUAUAAAAGUUUUAAUUAUCAAACCUAUUAAGACGUAAACUUGGCCUAAAUGUAUUAUUAGCUAAAUGAGUUGUUGAUGAGUUGAUUUGUAAACGAAUUUAGGUCUUAUUUUUUUAUUAUUAUUUAAUAAUCAUAAUUCUUAAAUAAUUAUUUAAUAAUAUUUUAAAUAUUAAAAAUUAUUAUUAAAUAAUUAAUAAUUAUUUAAUAUUUUUUAUUAUUAUUUAAUAAAAAAUUUAAUCAAUAUCCUUACGCCACUUGUUAAAAAAAUUUGAUUUUAACUAAAGAAAAUACCUUCCACCGAAUAACAGCAAUAAAAACAAGUAUGUAUCAAUAAUAUGUUUGCGCAUCAUCAGAAAGUGGAUUUAAAGGGACCUUCACAGGUUCCAUUGCCACCAUCAUUAAGCGUCGUCACCCAUGACGCCAAUAUAACAAACAACACUAAAAAAUACAACUGUUUGGUUUUUUACUCUUAUUGUGUAUCGAUAUUUUCGGUAGGCAUCAGCUUUGCUCUGCCCCUGGCAUUGCUGAAGUCCAUGGGCGACGGUAACCACUCACCAUCAGAUGGGCCGUACGCUCGUCUGCAUACUAGGGCAAUAAAAAAAAAAUUUAAGUCUGAAUCAGUCCCAACUAAAUUAUUCUCGAACUAAUGUUUAAUACUGUAUCAUCUGUAUCUUGUGGAGUGACGUCAUUGUUGCACAGAUUAUCCGCUUAAAUGAAAUAGUCUAUGUUUGUGCAUUUGUGAAGUUUACGUCUUAAUAAUGUUGAAAAUAAACAAACUGGUUUGAAUCGAAAAUGUAAUAUGGAAUAUAGUUAUAGUUAGUAUGAAUUGAAAGAAAAGUAUCUAUCUUAUACUUAUAUUCGUUUUUAUGUUUUACUGCGAAUCAAGAAUUCACCUUUUAUCCAUUGAUAUCUUCGGUAUUUUGGAUGCGAUGAGUUAAUAAAAUUUUAACGUAUUAUUUCUAUUUGAUAUUCCAUUGUUGAUUUUUAUCGAAGUAUUGAAUAUAAAUGUUUACUAUAAGGCUUAUAGAUAAGUUUUACCAUUAAAUUAUUGGUGUACCUAAAGAAAUAUAAAUGUGUUGUAGAUGGUUAGAAGUUUUAUUCUUUAAACUAUUUAUUGUGACUUGUAUAGAGAUGAAUAAAUGAAAUCCCAAUAAA